AUGGUCGCCCCACGCAGAACCGCGCUCCUUGAAGAGAGCGCCGAAGUUGAAGUGCUCUUCGCCAACAUGGAGAAGAUGAAGGCAAUCACCAAGAAGAUCCAAGGGUCCGUCAACCGACUGGAUGCAAGCGGAAAGGCAGUCCAGGAAGCCAUUGGGCCAAUCUACGGCAACACCCAAAAGCUACAGAUUGCAAACACAAAUGUCGAUCGCAUCAUCGAUGCGAUAGAGCGGCUCCGCGCGCCGAGAGAAGAAAGCGCCAAGGAGGAAAGAAUCAUUCGCGCCGGUCCCGGAAGAGGAGACCUUGAUGGCUACAUUGCUUCCCUGGACCGCACCAACCUCAACCUACUGGAUCUCAAGCGCACCAACCUUCGUUCGAAUGAGCAGGCCAUUACAGAACUCAGCGGACUGCUGAAACUAGGCAACAAGCAAUUAGAGGAAGUAUUUCGGGGCAUACUACAAGACAGCUGUAGAGAAAAGUUCCAAGCAUUGGAAUAUGUCGCCAAGCAUAAGCUCCAGAGCCUGCGUAGCAUCCACAACCAUAUUUCGAAGACGUUUGCGCAAACAUCACAAGUCGAUCUAUCCCAGACGCCCACACGAAGGAUUUACGCCGAUGUUCGGGGCGAAUAUCUCGAGAGCACAUUGAGAAGCUUGAUGCAAGCAUCGAUAAGCACAGCCCGGAAAGUGCAAGCUGACGCUCUGUACAAGAAGGGCACAAAUGGCAUUGGAACCUACGUGCAGGCGAUAGAAGGGCUGUUUGUAGCCGAGUUUGACAACCUCAACUACAUCUUUGACAGGGAGGAAUGGAGCGACGUCUACGUGUCGACGUGCCAGGUCUCUCUGCAAGACUUUAGUAAAACGCUGCGCGAGCUCAACGGGCAUAUCCAGAAGAACAUCUUGACAGACUGCUUCCUAGGAUUUGAGAUUUGCGGGCUGGUCCGGACGCUUUCCAUGAGGCUCCAGAAGCAAACGGGUGCUCUCAAGGAUCAAAUCUACGACAGCGUCAAGCCGAUCCGCGAGACAUCGAAAACGUCGUUGAGCAAGAUGCUCGACGACACAAGGUCCAACACACAGGGUCUAAUUGCGCUGCCGAUUGAUGGUGGCCCAGUAGAGAUUACCACACAGACGAUGCGACGAUUGCAGGAGAUGACCAACUACCUAGAGCCUCUUUCAUCCAUCUUGGCAUCGUUAGGCGAGGGCGGGUGGAACGCUGCUUCGGCCAACAACUCAUCGACAACACUGGAUGUUGGGCCCGAUGGCAUCAAGUUGUUUGGCUCUUAUGCGGGCGACACAGUGGACACGCUGCUGCAAAACUUGAGCGGCAAGGCAAAGAUGCUGCUCAAGGGCAAGAAUCUGCAAGGCGUCUUCAUGGCGAACAACAUUGCAAUCAUUAUGCGCAUCAUUCGUUCUUCCGAACUAGCGCCCCUGAUGGAGAACUACUCCAAGAAGCUGGCCGAUUGGCGGAAGCAGGGCACGGCCAUGUACUUGGAGGCAUGGCGAGAGCCGUCUGGCUACCUGCUUGAUGUGCAGUACACGAAUCGUACCAAGGAGCGGCCUACUUCGAGUGGUGCUGACUCGGCCACCAUUGUCAAAUCCCUGAGCUCCAAGGACAAGGAUGCAAUCAAGGAGAAGUUCAAGAACUUCAACACAAGCUUCGAGGAUCUUGUUACACGGCACAAGUCGUACGCAAUGGAGCCAGAGGUGCGCAACCAGCUCUCCAAGGAGGUACAGAACAUCAUCGAGCCCCUGUACAACCGGUUCUACGACCGGUACCGGGAGAUUGACAAGGGCAAGGGCAAGUAUGUCAAGUACGACAAGAGCGAGUUGAACAAGGCGCUGGCGAGCUUUGCAUAG